CUUAAAAAACAUUGUGAUGAAAGUAGUGUGGUAGUUUUUUUUGAAGAGUAGUAGUAUCCCAAGUUUUCUUGAUCUGCAAUAAUCCAGAAAAUGGAAACUAUUGGAGUUCUAAUGCUAUGUUCAAAGUGUACCCUACUGGAAGAAGCACUUGAUAAGAAAUUUAAGCUCUUCAGGUUAUGGAAUUUCCCUGAUCAGAAAGUGUUUCUCAAAGAGAAUUCCAACUUUAUUAGAGCAAUAGUACGUGGAGGAAAUGCUGGUGUUGAUGAAGAAUUGAUCGAUUCAUUACCUAAAUUGGAAAUUAUUUCGAGUUUUAGUGUUGGUCUAAAUAUGGUCGAUUUAGCUAAGUGUAAAGAGAAAGGAAUAAGAGUUACUAAUACACCCGACGUAUCGACCGAAGAUGUUGCUGAUCUAGCUAUUGGUUUGAUGUUGGCUACUUUGAGAAGAAUUUGCCAGAGUGACCGAUAUGUUAGAAAUGGAUUGUGGAAACUAGGUGACUUCAAAAUGACUACAAAGUUCAGUGGCAAAAGAGUAGGUAUCUUGGGUUUGGGAAGGAUUGGUUCAGCUAUUGCCAAGAGAGCCGAAGCUUUCAGUUGUCCUAUAAGUUACUACAGCAGAAACGAAAAGCCUUAUUCAAAAUACCAUUACCAUUCAAACAUCUUGGACUUGGCUUCCAACUGUGAUAUUCUCGUGGUUGCUUGUCCACUCUCCGCAGAAAACCGUCAUAUUGUCAACCGUGAAGUGAUAGACGCACUAGGUCCAAAGGGAGUCCUCAUCAACAUCGGUCGUGGCCCUCACAUUGAUGAAGCUGAGAUUGUUUCUGCAUUGGUUGAAGGUCGUUUAAGUGGGGCUGGUCUCGAUGUAUUUGAGGUGGAACCUCAAGUACCAGAGCAGUUGUUUGCCCUCGACAAUGUGGUGCUACAACCACAUGUUGGGAGUGGCACAUGGGAAACUCGUGUGGAUAUGGGCAAACUUGUGAUUAUGAAUUUGGAAGCUCACUUUCUAAACAAGCCUCUGCUGACUCCAGUGGUUUGA